CAUGCUUACCUUGCUGGUUUUAAUGAGUAUAGCCGCCAUUUCUCUUUCAGCAGCAGCGCCAUCAACCUCUGAUGAAUCAUAUGCCAACAUAAAGAAAGACAAUGCUGAUGAACACCCUUUAGCCGAAAGCGAGCAACCGUCGUUUCUUGUAAGAAAUGGCCGCUUCCUCGCCCAGCGGGUGCAGGCUGCGAGCACUUGCGAUGUGUUCCCUAGGCUUUGUCUUGCCAAGGCCAGCCCGGGGCCUGAUUGCUGCAAAAACCAAUGCGUUAAUGUGAUGACAGACAAACUUAACUGUGGGAAGUGCGGGAAGAGGUGCAAAUACUCUGACAUGUGCUGCCAAGGAGAGUGCGUCAACCCAUCCAACGAUGAGAGACACUGCGGCCGGUGCAACAAGAAGUGCAGGAAUGGAGGCUCAUGUGAGUACGGGUUAUGCAGCUAUGCUUAAUUAGAGAGUCUAUGUAAUGCUACA